GGAAUGACUGUUCCAUUCGUAUCGGACGUUCCGUUCCGAGGAGUACUACCAGAACUGUGUUUGUCCGUCUGUGCGUUCUAAACCGAAGUCUAACCUGUGUCACGCGCGCCAUGAUAUGUGUCUGUUUGUUUAUAUUCUCCUGUCUAGGUGUUAGCUGUGACAUUUGUCUUCGCUAUGGAAUGUUCUCUUUACUCUUAAAUUGAUUAUUUUCAACCACAGCAACCGGUUUUUUUCCUCUUUUCUUCUAUUCUUGCAAAUUCUUUGGAAUAAUGUCAGCUCUGAAAUCGGACUGUCGCAAAUUUUCUCCAAAUGUAUUUAACAAAACCAAGUGCCAAAACUGUUUCCGAACCAAAGAUGCCCACUCGGCUGAAGCGCUGGAAAACAACAGAGCUUCCCGAAAUAUCUCCAAAUGCGGCUAUCUUUUUGUUGCCCCAGACUGGGAUUUCAACGUGUCUGUCAACAGGACAAAAAGGUGGCAACGGAGAUGGUUUGUUCUGUACGACGAUGGAGAACUUACUUAUUCCCUGGAUGAGUUCCCGGAUACGAUACCCCAGGGAACUAUCGACAUGAACAAAGUCCUGGACGUUUCGGAUGCCGAAAGCGUAACUGGAAAUGAUUUCGCCAUCUCUAUAACGACGCCGGAAAAAGUACACUUCGUCAAAGGAACUUCCAAAGAAGAAAGCAAAUGGUGGUUUGACGUGUUCCAAAAAGUGCUACCUCGUCACCUCGCCCGAGGGAAACACAAAAGGAAUGCUACUUUUCCGUGUGGGAAAGCGACUAUCCCUCCUGCUGGCGUUAUUACCCAGGAUUAUUGUAGUGAAGACGACAUUCGGCUGAACAAUUAUAGUCGGCCGAAAUUCUUGAGCUCAUCCGAUAUAAUGAGAAACGAGAAAGAUUGGAUUGAAUCCGUGGAAGCUGAAGACGAGGACGUCUUCCCUGCGAACAAUGACGAUUCCGAUGGUGAAAGCAAGCGAGAUGUCGAGGUACAAAACGCUCUCAACAAGCUGAUGUCGCAGUCUGAGGAAUUGACGGAUGAAGCUGAAGAUCAAAUUAAUCAAGAAGACAUUAAAGUGCCUAAGGAUGGCCUCUCCCAGCUAGAAGAACUUGAUGCUCGCAGGCGGAACCGCAGGUACCUGAAACGCGAGAACAGGGUCCAGCGGAACCAGCGCAGCCGCAAUGACGGCGUAUCCAAGAUGAUUCCCGCCAAAAAAGGAGCGGAAAAGAAUUCGGCAAGUGAAGUAUCGGAAACCACAUCGAACACUAAUGGAUCGGCGAUGGCAGCCGCCGAAAAACUGGAAUAUCUGGAAUCGAUUCAUUCCAAUGAUAUGGGACCGUCCCCUUUGAGGAGAAGCACUUCUGCUAAUGAGAAAGAAAAUUCUAACGAAAUUUCAGAUUCAAAAAGCAAAGUGAAUUGUUCCGGAAAAACAGCUCUGCGGAAAUCUGAAUCUUUAAAAAACAUACCGUCACAAACGCAUUCGGAAAUGAGGGACCAUGUCAGCGGCCUCAGACGUUACCACUCUUUCAAGGGUUCUUCCUCGUGUCAUAGGAAAAUCAAACAAAGUGCUUCGAGUUCAGCUAUUAAGAAGGUGAAGCUUCCAUCCACACCUAAUACGAGGGCGCCAUCUACACCAAAUGAAACAGCAAUGGUACCAUCGGAUGAGAAAACGAAUUCCGAAGCACCAAAUCUAGCUUCAGACAACAGUCAAGUAAUCUCAGAUGAGGGUGUUUUCACUCGCACGGGUUGGCUAAUGCGGCAGACGUUCAAUAAGGACUGGUCUAAACAUUGGUUUGUUUUGAGGGACUCUUCGCUCACCUAUUACCGAGAUCCAUCUGCGGAGCAUUGCGGGAUCAUGGAUGGCAUUCUAGAUCUCAAUCAAGUGAGCACGAUCAAGGAAAUUGAAUCUGAUCGGUAUUAUGCCUUUUGUCUGCAAACUUGGGACGGAAAGAAACAUGUUCUAGCUACAGAAACAGAUGAUUUCAGAAAAAUUUGGAUCCAAGCUUUAAAUUAUGCAUCCAACCUGUGGAGUUCAGCAUCAAAGGAAGAUUUUAUUUGCAGCGAAAUCGUACUACCUGAACACAAUUACCAUCAUACAGAAAGAAUAUCCUCUCCUUCUAGUAAUUUCACGUUACCUGAGAGAAUAUCAUCUCCGUCUAGUCUAUCUUCUUUGUCAUAUGUCUAUGGCAACACGCUUCUGGAAACUUCUUCCACCUCCAGUGAUGAUCAGUCUGAAUAUUUUUCAUUGGUGGAUGAAGAUGAGGUCAGCGAACUAUCGUCGUCGCCUAGAACUUUACCCCCAUCUCCCCCAAUAAAUCGAAACAUGAUGUCUUUAGUGAAAGAAAAAUCGAGAAGUCGGAGUAGCUGUGGUCAGAAGACAUCGGCACCAGUUCCUACAGAUUUUAUAGCAAAUGACUCCAGCAAUCAUGAGGAUUUGAAUUAUGAUAAGGAUAAUCUAAUUAUAAAUGAAGAAGAAAAUUACAGUGAUGAAAUAUCGCGUCAACUGAUCAAUGGGGAUCACUCAGUUUCAUCUACGAAACUGCAAGAUGAGCCACUCGAUGAUCAUUCGAGAGUUGAUGAAAGAAUAGCUUUUCGAUUAGAUUUUGAAGACCAGUCGCCUGAUAAAGAUCUAAAUGGAAAAGAAAUGAUUUUUGGAACACCUGAUGUUUCUUUUGGCAAAUCUUCCCCUUGUGGAAAUUCUGAUACUUCAACCUCCAACUCAGAAGCAAGUUCGGAAUGCCGUAUGUGCUUCAGGGUUAAAUCUAAGCUAGCGGCAGCCAAAGAUGAAAUUCGAAAAUUGAAGAAAGAGCUAAAAGAAGCUCAUGCUAACUUUGACAAUUUAGAAAUGUUUUCUUAUAAACUCCAGCAGGAUAUGAAAGUUAAAGAGGAGAACCACAAUGCCCAGAUAGCUUUAAUGACGGCUAAAAUCGACGAUUUGACUGCCAAAUAUACUCUUGCGGAGAAGAAUUACCGGCAAUUGAAGCAAAAGUCUCUGAAAAGUGACAGCAAAGAAAGGAAAAGAAGCUCUUUGAAAAACAAAGAAGGUCUCACUAUAACAAAAGAAUAUGAACUUAAAUUAUGUGAUUUGGAAAAGAAAAUCUCUGAAAUUGAAACAGCGAUUCUCAAAGAUUCAACAGCAAAUAGCUCUUCUGAUGUACAACCAAAUCGUGACGAAAUUGUUAAAUCACCUGAACUGUCAGAUGCUAGCAAUACUAGUACAUCAACUGACCAAUCAUCUAAUAUUACCAAAGGUUUCUUUUCGCGAUUGCAGUCAUUGGUAUCGAGAGUCCAAAGCGUUGGUAGUGUAGUCACAGAAAAAAGUAACAGUUCUAGUGAAAGAGAAAGCCCUCGAAUCAGAUUGGAAGUCAAAGACGCUGAAGAAUCUAGUGCUAUGGAUGAGGUGUCAGAUGAUUCAUGGGCUGUUACUCUUGACAAGAAUCUGAAAAGCAUUAAUAAAUAUUUAGAAGCAUACCCAGCUAAUUUUUCAGAAUGCCAAAGUAUAUUUAUUCGAAAAAUGAGCAAGGUUCUGAAAUGGUUAAAAACUUCUUUGGGUAACAUUUGUAAACAAGGAACUAGCUUAGCCAAUGAGAAAAACGUACUUAUUCAGAAUGUAAUCGAUCUGUUAACAUCUAUGUGUUCGGAAACUCCGAAGGGCAUUGAAGAACCAAAGCAAGCAAAGACAUGCCAUUCUUUGCUGAUGGCAUUUGAGGCUAUGAGGCUUCUAGAGAGGGUUGACAGCGUGGACAGUAUCGAUUCUUUAGUCAAAUUUGAUGUAAUGGAAUGUGCUUUUAAAGUCUUAAUUAAAACUUUAUGUUUAGUGUUUGCUGAAUAUGAAAAUAAGGAUAUCUCAACUGUUUUAGAUGUGAUUUCUGGCAUCCCCCAAAUUCGGUUCUUUUGCCCUAUUAUAAAGAAACUUCUUCCUCAAAAUGAAGAAGAUGAACAGUUUUCUACAGUUUCCGAAAGGUUGCAGCUUUUAAAUGACCAAAGAUCUCAUAUUUUGAAUUCGCUGGCAGAAGCUAAAAAGACCAAAUAUGAAUAUUUGUGUAAUACAUUGAUCGAAGUACCUGUAAAAGAUAGUAAUGUAAAUAAACCACUAACAGUUAACUCUUUAGAGAAAUAUAUUACAUCAACCGCUACAGAUAUCCACCGGGUUGCUGAAUUACAACUUUCUGGCAUACGAAACCAAACUUCCUUUUUACUUAAAGCAGAACGAGACAAAGUCAAUUUGUGGUGUUCGGAAGUUAAGAAAGCAAUAAAGGACAGUUCUGAAAAAUUUAUGGCUGAACUGAAAGAUGAAUGUCCUAUGGUGCAUGAAAGUGCUAUCUCAUUGUUGAGUUUGAGUGAUGCUAAACGUUUGGAAAUCACCAACUGUGUGUCUGAACUAUCCUUCUUUAAUGUUUCGUAUGUUAUUUUAAAUAGUUUAUUCUCAGAGUCAAUAUUUGAUGAAACAGUUUCUGAUGCCAGUUCCGAUACAGUACUUUCAGACGAAGAAUACAUUGAUAAGACUUGGAAAACUCUCCAAUUUAAUAAAUCGAACUUUUUAUCCAGUCCAGGAUUUUUCGAAUGUCUGCAGUGUACCUUACUCAAUAAUCUUUUGUCUGACCCUUCCCAGGAGAUGAACUGGGUAGAAUACAUUCAUAAGUACAAUUUUUAUAAUCCUCGUAAAAGUGAAAUGCUGAACUUCCAAGCUGAGAAUAUGAGAACAGUUUUAAGCGGUAGUUGUAGCAAUUGUGAUAGUCAUUUUUCAAGCUCUUCUGGAAGGAAUUUGAAGGACGCGUGCAAUAACAGUAUUACAUGUACUGAAUGCGAAAAAUGGAUAAAGAAAUUUUGUACAUCAGAAAAGCAGCAUGAGCUGGAGAAACAAGCUUUAGAAUCAAAGUAUACUCGAGAACUGCAACAAUUAGAAGAAUGUUUGACUAAAAGUAACAAAGUACACGAACAAGAAAUGCUACAAAAGGAAAACGAAUUAGAAUCCACCACAGUACAAUUGCAGCGCUUAAAAAACGAAUACGAGGAACAAAUACAAACUCUCAAAGACUUGUAUGAACAAAAAUUGCAUUUCGAAACUGAUCAAGUUAACGAAGACAGCAUCAGGGAAGCGUACAAAGUAGAAAUAGAAGAUCUUAAGGAAAUGUUCAAGAAAGGACUCGUAGCCAUUGAAAAUUCUCACUAUCGGAUAACAAGCGAAAUGGAGAAGAAACACAAAGACGAAUUAUCUAUGCUCCAAGCGGAGAAAGAAAAGGCCUUGGAACUGGAAGCUCAGGCAACAAUAACUGCUUUGGAAGCCAUCAAAAGGUCACAUGAACAGCAGCUGAAAGAAGAAACUGAGCAAAUGCGAGAGGAGUUGUUGAAAAAACUUCAACAUGGUGAUCACGAAUCAUUCUACUGCAAAUACAGGAAUGAUCUGGAAAAUUUAAAAGCUGAAAUUCUGGAAAUCACAGAAAAGUAUUCGGCAAAAUGCCUCGAAAACAUAUCGCUGGAAGAGAAAGUAAACUCAUUGAGGCACCAACUAGAAGAAGCACAUAAUGAGCUUUGCAGCCUUUUAACCAAGAAUAAGGAGAUAGAUGCUGAUUUAUCAAAUAUCUAGUACCUUUAUAGUCUAUAUUCAGAGCUUUGUAAAGAAACACGUGUUUAAAAUGUACAGGACAUAUGUUUCUCUCCCUACUUAUGCAGCAGCUUUAUCAUUCAUUCAUAUUGUGACUCUGCAUUCAAUGUACAAAAUGCAUGUUUUGUAUUGACAAAUAAAAUUUAUUUCUUUGUUUA